AUGAGUCGAGGAUGUUGGCUGUUACCGAAUGGAUGCAAGAACUCGUCCGACUGCUCGGCGGCUAUCACAUGGAAACACACCGGGAGAUCGCUUCUCAUUGAAAUGGAAGCAAAGCUGAAAGUUGUGGACAAUGGACUAUGGCUAGCUGUGGGAAUCUCAAAAGACGACAUCAUGGGUGACGACACUGUAUUCGAAUGUCAUUUUCCUCGUAAAGGGAGAGCAGCAGUACAUCUAUCGCACAAUCUCCAGCUAACCAACCUAAUGCUACCAGCGGCCACCGCAACACUGCUAAGGGAUUCGUAUGCUGAAGAACGUGAUGGUCGAGUGAUGUGUGGAGCCGAAUUGAUGCUUGAUUUCACCGUUCUGGAGCCAAGUGAAAAGAAAAUGAUGCAUCAAAUAUCUUCUGGUGAAUACCAUCUUAUGCUGGCAUUUGGGGAUCUGGAUGCAGAGUCAGUAAAAAAAUCGCACGCACUGGUCGGUGAAGGGGCUCCAUGGCGAUCAAGUGAACGAACACGAUUCUGCAAUCAUUGUCCACCACAUAUCGUUGACGAAUAG